AUCGGAAGAAUUAAUUAUAGUCGGUGGUCAAAGGUCGUUAUAUACAUGCAUAGAUAUCAGACAAACAACUGACAACAAACUUGUCUACUACCAAGCAACACAGGCGGACCGGUCCGGUUUUCAGUUUACAAUACAAUCUGUGUAUGACAAUGUAUGCAACACUGACUCUUAUGUACAGCCAUACAAUUACCAUAUCGCUCUAAAAUCAGGUUCGGAGACAAGUGCGCUGCAAAACUGUCCAGCUGAUUUGUUUGGGUCAUACAAUUAUGACACGUGCAUUGAUGUUAAUUCCAACAGCACGAGUUUAAACGUUUGUGACACGAGGCAACAACUUAUCUUUAAUUACACGUUAUGCAACACACCGCAGAUGUUUACAUUGGAAGGUGUGUUAGACUGCGUACAUCAUGAGGAAAGUGGAUCUAUCUCCUAUCUGACACUAUACAACAGAGACAGUACUGCACCGGAUAAUAACAAUUACUACCGAUUUGUAUGUUUGGCUGUUGUGUUGUCUGGCGGUGUUGUGUACGUGACAGCUAGUCCUAAUAGAUGUAAUGAUAACCAGAACGCUACUGCAAUAGCUAGUCCGGGAGAGACGCUGCAACUUACGUCAUACUGUAAGCUUAUUAUAAAAAUAUUUCUAUGCAGGCUUCAUAACCUCUGAUCCUUUUUCAAAUUCCAUUUUGUUUAGUUCAGCCCAUUGUUUUCUCGUUCAGUGCAAACGCUUUCUAUUACUUGGGGAUCAUACGCCACUUUU